GGGGCAUAGUCCUUUCCUCAUUGAUUUUAGCAGAAAAGCCUUCCCCCAUCCCAGCUGAGUUAAAAGGGAAAACAAAGGGUUUUUUUUUUAUUUCCUGGAGUAGACUGCACACACUGACCAUGGCAUCUGAAAAGCCGAUACUUUAUAGCUAUUUCCGAAGUUCCUGCUCUUGGAGAGUGCGAAUUGCACUGGCUCUGAAAGGGAUUUCCUAUGACCUGGUGCCAGUGAACCUCGUGAAGGAUGGAGGACAGCAGUUUUCCACUGAAUUCAAGGCACUGAAUCCAAUGAAGCAAGUUCCAGUCUUGAAAAUUGAUGGCAUCACCCUUUCUCAGUCGCUAGCUGUAAUUCAUUACCUCGAAGAGACACGGCCUAACCCCAGACUCCUGCCCCAAGAUCCAAAGAAGAGAGCCCAAGUCAGAAUGAUUGCUGAUCACAUUGCCUCAGGCAUUCAACCACUCCAGAUGACACAGUGGGCAAGAUCCAUCCAGCAGCAGUCAUCUAACCUAGAGGUUGCUUUGCCUUUGCAGAACCUGGGUAUCCUGAAACAAAUAGGGGAAAGAAAAAUGGAAUGGGCUCAGAAUUGUAUUGCGUCUGGCUUUCAAGCACUGGAGCAGAUUCUACAGCACACUGCUGGACGCUACUGUGUGGGGGAUGAAGUUUCCAUGGCUGAUCUGUGCUUGGUGCCUCAAGUUGCCAAUGCUGAAAGAUUCAAAGUGGACAUGGGUCCAUAUCCCACAAUAACCAGAAUAAAUAAAGCUCUCUUGGAGUUAGAGGCCUUCAAAGUAAGCCAUCCAUGCCAGCAGCCAGAUACUCCUGCAGAGCUGCGAGCUUGAAGCCCUUCUACUCAUUAAAUCUAGUCAGCUGGAGUGACAAAGAAGACAACACCUACAGUCUGAGUAGGACUUCAGUGCCAGCGGGAAGCCCUAGUACUAUUGUCUCCCAUUCAUCUGGGUGGGAAGAAGGAGAGGACCUCCAAGGAGCCUGGAUAACUAAGAGGAGUAUGCCUGUGCUGGAAUGCUUACAGCUACUAGUUUGUUCUAUCUAAUCUAUCUCCAUGAAGCAGAUUAAAGCAGAAGCAUCCGUAAUUAUCAUAA